AUGACGAGAGACCUCGUAUCUAUCGACCUGGCGAAAGGCAUCCUUGGAACGGUUGCAAACAACCUGAUUAUUACGCAGUCAGUAAUCAAGAACCAGUCCAAUUUACAGGCAACGGUCGACCAGUGCAAUAAUAUUACGCAAAUCCUUGAAAGAGCAACAAAGGAUGCUACUGACGACGAUCUAUCAGUAAACCGUAUCUAUAGUGAAGUAGCCUCAAAGAAGGAGCAAGGAUUUUGGCAAAGGCUCUUAUCCGUCACGAGUGAUCACGACUGGAUUACUAGAUGGGAGAAGGAUUUAGAUCGCGUUAUCCCAUUGUUCAAUGCUGAAAUGCUCGAAUGUCCAAAGGUAUCUCCCAGCUGUGCCCCCACCGCGUCCUUCCGUGCUUUAUGGUUGUGUUCGGCUAGCGCCCUCGUCAUCCUUGAUAAUGCUGAGACCUUCGAAGAGGCCGAUGCGCCCUCGGCGCUGAGGGAAAUACCACCAGCUAUUUCUGAAAUUGCAGACAUCCCCAGCGUCAUUCUGAUUCUCACGUCGCGUAGUGGAAGGAAUGCACCCAAUAUACAGUGGAUAACCAAGGAUAUUCCACCAUUGGAUUUGAACUCUGCUCUAAAGGCAUUCUUUCGGAUUUACCGCCCCGCCAGUCGUAGCAAUGCGGAGGGAGAAAUCUCAAACCUGCUUGAGGAGUUGGGAUUUCACCCUAUUUCCAUCAAUCUACUCGCCAACGCUGCGCAGAAAAAUGGCUCGUCUCCAGCCAUGCUCCUGGAGAGAUGGAAGGGUCGACAUAGCGCGGUACUAGACCACGGCGAGGGAAAGCUGCAAAAUUUGACAUACACUAUGCAGCUGUCGCUCAACUCGCCGUCGGACCCCGGUCCAGAAACUCGGAGAGGAUGUUCGUCACGCUUUGGGUGUCAUCGCUUUCUUGCCCAGGGUCUCGACGAGUCCCUGGCUAGCAAUUUGUUGCUAUCGCUCCCGCAAGUUGACGCUAUAUGCAACGUUCUAUGCAUGCAAUCUCUCAUUUAUCGUCAACACAACUUCAUAAAGAUGCUCGCGCCCAUUCAACAUUUUGUACUGGACGUCUCCGCCCGCAAGGAGGUACUUCAGGUCCUCGCAGAAAUUGCAUUUUUCGAUGGCAGGUUUCCUGAAGCAAUAGAUAUCUUACAGGAAAUCAUAGCGAUGGAAGGACAACCUUCUUCAAUGGUGCUCUGGUGCACCGUCUGGAAGGUUGUUGUUGCGAGCAAUCAGGGGACUUACGACCUUGCGAGAGAGUUCAUCCUACAAUCCUUUGGACCCCACGAUGCCUUUGCGCUGCGCAGUGCACGCACAUUUCUCCAUGCAUCUUAUGUCUCUGUCAUCGUCGAGCUCACCGCAAGCGAGUAUGACAGGGCCGAGUUUCAUUUCACUGCCACGAUCGAAGGUUGUGAUAUACAAGACGAGCUACUCUUUAAGGCAUUCAGCGUCCGUAGACUGGGGGAGGUUGCCUUCGCGCAUGACGAAUUUCUCUCAGCCGCAUAG